AUGAGUUCGGGAGAAUCCGCGUCUGACCUUGGUUUCGAAUGAAUCUGGGCACUCCGAGACUCAUAUAACUCUACCUAUUCUGUACUGUCUAUUGACCUAUACUCUCAAUUGACCCUACUACUUUUCUAUCAACCUUAUUCACCAUGAAUUACCCUUCCAGGUCAGACGAUACAUCGGCUCAUCCUGAUUGGAAUCAGAGCCCACAUCAUUUGAGCUCGGAUCUUACCACCAAGGCUGACCUCAAUGGCAUUGUCAAUCUGAGAGAACAACCAUCAGAUCUAUCAAGUCUCGGAAUCAAUCAUGAAGAAGAAGAAGAAAAAUGGGUGAACCCUGUCGACCAGGCAGAAGAUCAAUCAGCCGCAAAAGGAGUCAGUGGUGUCAAACUCGAUCCUAUGACAGCCUCUCCAGAUCAACGACCUUCACGAAAAUUCAUGAAUUUACGAUCAUCAAAGACUUUUUUCUUCAAGGCACGCGACGUCCUAGUCAAGUACUGUGGAUUCAUUGGGCCUGGCUUCCUCAUCGCCGUUGCCUAUAUCGACCCAGGAAAUUAUGCCACUGACGUCGAAGCUGGUGCCGCCACACGCUACAAGCACCUGUUUAUUAUCUUGAUGUCCAACUUGUUUGCUAUUUUCUUGCAGUCCUUGUGCAUCAAAUUGGGCACCGUUACGGGGUUGAAUUUGGCUGAAAAUUGCCGAAAACAUCUACCAAAAUGGCUUACCAUUACUUUGUACAUCUUUGCCGAAUCCGCCAUCAUUGCUACGGAUAUCGCAGAGGUUGUUGGUUCAGCAAUUGCACUGAAUCUCUUGCUUCAUAUACCCCUCGUUGCUGGGUGUGCAAUCACUCUCGUCGAUGUCCUUGUUCUCUUACUCUUUUAUCGCCCUGAUGGCUCCAUGACUAAGUUGAGAUUGUUCGAAUACUUCGUUAUGGCCUUGGUGCUCGGCGUCGUGAUCUGCUUUUGCAUUCAACUAUCAUACAUUCAGGACGCCUCAGUCGGCGAAGUAUUCAAAGGUUAUCUUCCAUCCUCAGCCAUCAUCAAAGACAACGGGAUUUACUUGUCUUGCGGUAUCAUUGGUGCAACCGUGAUGCCACAUUCGAUAUUCUUAGGGUCAGGGAUCGUUCAGCCAAGGUUGAAGCACUUUGAUGUCCAGAAUGGUCAUUUGGCCGUCGAUAAUUCUGAUGACGAAGAGGCAAAGUACCUACCAUCGAUCUAUGCCAUUCGAGCCUGCAUGAAAUAUUCCAUUGUGGAAUUGGGCACCUCAUUGUUCACCUUCGCACUAUUCGUCAACUCAGCCAUCUUGAUUGUUUCCGGAGCCUCUCUCUACCCCAAAACAGAAGCAACCGAGGCAGAUCUUUUCGGUAUUCACGAUCUACUCUCCCAAAGUCUCUCCAAAGCAGCUGGCACGCUUUUCGCCCUUGCUCUACUCCUUUCGGGGACUUCCGCCGGUAUAGUCUGCACAAUGGCAGGACAGAUGGUUUCAGAGGGAAUGCUUAAUUGGACCGUGAAGCCAUGGAUAAGGAGAUUGAUCACCCGCUCUAUCAGCAUUGUUCCCAGCAUCAUCAUAGCUGGGGCAGUCGGCAAAAACGGCUUGAACAGGACACUUACGGCAACUCAGGUCGUCUUGAGCGUCAUCCUUCCUUUCGUGACGGCACCACUUGUGUAUUUCACAUGCCGCAGCAGUAUCAUGACCGUUCGGGUUGAUUUUCAGGGGAGGCGAGGUGAAGGAGAAGCCGUCAACAUGCGUAAUAGUUGGUUUACAACGGCGCUGGCGGUAGCCAUCUGGCUUGUCCUGGUGGUGAUGAACGUGGCAUUGUUGGUGUUGGUUGGUCUAGGCAAAGUGUGAUUGGAUGAACUUUUCGAUCAGGAUGAUUGGGUCUUUUAGACUGGAUGGCGAGGCUGGUCGGUUACCCAACAUAUACGUAGAAGGCAGAUAAUAGUCACACCCGGGGGAGGCAAGAUAGAUUAAGUAGUAGUUGCAGUUGGAGAUUUCGCACUUUCUUGAUUGGAUGCCAUUUGAGCUUAAUUGAGAGCGAAUUGGUUCAGUGGUUGGCUGAUGAGAAGAGUGGGUUGGUGGGUUGAGACGCGUGGAACUCAUGGCUUAAUGAAGCUGAACCUUGCAUGGGGAGGAACCCGAUUCGAUCAGAUCAUUCAAUAUGAGUUCUCCUGUAUGCCAAAGACGAACAGCCAUGCGGACGGCCCUGAGGCCACUCGGACACUACAGUACCAUUACUCGACGCAGAAUGAAUUCCAUCAAGCUAAAGGUCAAGCCGAGUGGGGGUAGCACUCAUGUGGUAAGGUUGGGCGGUGACGUGUGCGGUCUGAUACGACCCGCUGCGCCUCCUCACCGGCACCUCUUUUCAGCUCUAAAGAUGCCACUUCACUUCGAUCUUCAACUCCUCCCGCUUGAACUAUUUCUAACCAAAUUCUAGGCAGACCUGUUACCAUUCCCACUCAGUAUAUUCAUCAAGGCCGUUCCAUCAUGUCAGACCUGUUGAGCAAGCUGACCGAUCAGCUUUCAAACCAAAAGAACUCACAAGGCGGACAGCAAUCCUCAUCUUCCGGCAUCUUGCAUAAAAUUAAUGAUGCCGUGACCGGCCAGAAGCACCCCCAGGACUAUCAGACUCAGACAAAUACAAACUUUUCCGGUCCUGGAUUCGGUGGCAUGGGCGGUGGGGCGUAUCAGCAAGCUGGCCAUUCAGGUCAAAGUGGAAAUCCGAGCCAACAUGGCAAAAUGGGAGGUUAUGGCGGCGACGGUGCUGGCCAUCAGAAUUAUGGAGACCAAGGACAUGGGCAAAAUCAAGGAUACGGUGGUUAUGGACAAGAAGGGCACGGCGGUUACGGACAGGAAGGCCGC